AUGCCAGCGGUGGUGCAAGUGAAGAAAGGAGGCAAGCCUGAGAAGGGCCGCAAGUUGCGCGGCAGCAAUCCUGCUGUUCAAGGACGCAAGCCGGGCAGGAAGCAGAAAACGAAGAAGCUUUCCCUCAAGCAGUACAAGACUCAGCAGAGGAAGUUGUACAGUGGAGACAAAGUGGACCACCAGCAGCGUGUGGACAGGCAAGGUGGCCAAGUCAAUUUGGCUGACUUCAUAGACCCCGAUGUGGCCACGAAGGAGCUGCUUUGUCAUGGCUUCACUCGCAAGCCUUGCUGCCCAGGGUGUGGCCAUGAUAGCUUGCAGGGCCCUUUCGAGAGGCCCGGAAGACAGGCCUUGGGGCGGCAUUGGAGGUGCGAUGAUCCCGGCUGCCGCUACUGGGUGAAUGUCUUGAGCGGCGCAAAGUGGCUCGACAGUGUGUGUCGCUUUCGCAGCUUGACACCAGGGCGGUUGUGGCAUGCAGUUUGCUUGUACACCAGCCAGAAGUGCCCUUCACGCCAAAGCGUCGCCAGUGGCUUGGGCCCGGCAGGUCCAAAGAUUGCGCAGCUUGUCAUGGAUGCUCUUCGGAAGCUUGAAAGUGAUGCUGCCAUUAAGAGCAACUCCCGCCUUCGCCUUGAUGGACCCAUCGAGGUGGAUGCCACCUCCGUCAGUACCUUCCGCAUCGGGAAGAACUCCCACGCCUUUGCUCCAGAGAUCCGGGGCUGGGUGAGACGCAAGAAGAAAAGAACGCCCCAGUACUUUCUCACCCACUUCCGGUUGGCCGGCAUGGUGCAGAGGGGCAACAAGGGCAAGCUCGUGGUGAAGAAGCUUCGCUUCGUUUUGCUACCACCAGGGGGAAGAUGGUGCCAAAAGCUGGCGCAGUGA